AAUGCUAGAUAAGUAAACAUCAACGUGGGCUGCUCAAUUUCGUACGUAGUUUGUUGGYUGUACAUUUGUUUCGUGUAUCUCGAUAACCAGCAWAAGAAUUGCAAAGAAGUAGCGAAAAUCGUUAGCGAUGGAAGACGCAGGAAGGAGAGAGGAGUUUGCUUUGAGCGACCGCAGCAGCGAUGGUGAAACAAAACCUGUUCCAAACGAAGAAUCCCCUCUUAUCAACGACGGUGGAAAGGAGAUCUCUUACCGUAUCUACGAGAARGGAGGAUUCUUUGAGAGUAUCAGGAGACUACGAUCAGCAACAGCCACCAUAUCCCUUAUAGAGAAACCAUCUUUUGACCGCCGGGCGUCAGCGUUCUUAGCCGGCUGGAACGUAAGCAACUUGAUUCAAGGAACCGGGAUCCUUGGUGUCCCGUACGGAGURCUCAUGGGAGGAUGGGUUGGUGUCGUGAUGAUUGUAGUGAUCGCUUGGAUGUGUUGUUUCACUGGAAAGAUUCUUAUUGAAUGCUUGUACGAAAGAUCUAAGCGGACAGGACAGAGAAAAAGGGUGCGUACAAAUUACCCUGAAAUUGGAGAAGCUGUUUGGCCGGGAUGGGGCAACAACAUYCUCAGUGUUAUCCAAGUAUGUGAAAUGUUUGGCGGCACUAUCAUGUAUAUUGUGUUAUUAGCAACUAUAUUCACUGAGAUGUUCAAGAACACGACAUCCUUGACUAUACUACACUGGGCAGUCAUUUGCACCUAUGUAGCCCUUCCRCUGGCCUUUGUGAGACGAGUGUCAAUCAUUGCGUGGGUCAGUAUGGCGUCUGUCUUCUCUCUCAUGUGUGGAAUAUUGACAAUCAUAAUCUUCUGCGUAACUCAGUAUGACUUAAUGUCCAUCAAAAAUAUACCACCUUUUAACUUUGAAGCAUUUCCUGUCGGGUUUGGUAUAAUAGUCUUCAGCUACACUGCUCAUGCUGUUUUCCCAGGAGUAGAAUCAAGCAUGAAAGAGCCAAGAAAAUACCCAAUGAUGAUGAAUUCCUCCUUUGCUUUUGCCGCUGUUGUUAAGCUUCUGCUAGGUCUUCUUGCAGUGUUGGUUUUCGGCAACACUACCGAUCAAGUCAUCACUGUAAACAUGCGCUCAAGCCAAGUGUUCAAUAUCAUUGCGAAUGUCUUUAUAAUAAGCAAUGUCUUCCUUGCUUUUCCUAUAAACCUCUAUGUUAUUUUAGAGACAGUUGAUCACAAAUUUCUACCCCACUUUCCACACCUAACUCAGGACUCCCAGUAUCAUUGGUUAUGGCUUUUAAUGUCACGCACCUUCAUCUUGACCUUUGCUCUCUUCCUGGUUCUYAUGGUUCCGCAUUUUGCCCUGGUCAUGGGGUUCGUCGGCAGCUUCACAGGAACUUGUUUAUGUUUUAUAUUACCUUGUUACUUUCAUAUAAAACUUAAAUGGAAUGAGCUACAUUGGUAUGACAUUGCAUUGAGGUGGUUUGUGAUUGUUUUYGGUUGUAUUUGUGGUGGUCUUGGGGUCUUCUUCUCUGGAAAGAGAUUAGUUGAGGCAUCUUYGUCAGCCUCAUGACUUCAAUAGCAAAUAUAGCACGCAUAAUUCAAUAAUAAUUUUGGUUCAAAGCAAGUUGCCAGGAGUAACAAUACCAAAUAUGGUUUUAMAAUCAUGUUAUUGCAGCCUUGAUGCAAUCUUUCAGGAUUAAAAUUUAUUUCUACUUUUAAUUUAAUUUAAUGUUAUCAAAUUUCCAAAUACAUUAGCCUAGAACAGAAUACAAUGAUUCCCUAGUAUAGGCCACCGUACUAAAUAUAAUAACUAUGAUAAAAACUAUAAUAGAAAAAUUGAUUAUAUAUAUACAAAAUAUAAUAACUUAUAAUUAUUAUAAUAAUAAACAAGUUAAUAAUUAACA